AGCGUUGGGAAAAUUGAACUCAACUGUGAAAAGUUUAAAGAAAUUCUAUAGUGAAUGGCGGACGGUGGUGAUCAAAAUCAUCAGAAGUUGGAAAUGCCGGUGGGAUUCAGGUUCCAUCCAACCGAUGAGGAGCUGGUGGUGCAUUACCUGUGCCGGAAAUGUGCGGGGCAACCGAUUGAUGUUCCGAUUGUAGCUGAGAUUGAUCUCUACAAGUUUAAUCCUUGGGACCUUCCAGGUAUGGCACUGUAUGGUGAAAAGGAGUGGUACUUCUUUUCUCCAAGAGAUCGGAAGUACCCGAAUGGUUCUCGGCCGAACAGGACAGCAGGAGUUGGACACUGGAAGGCCACCGGAGCAGAUAAACCUGUGGGAAAGCCAAAGCCCCUGGGAAUAAAGAAGGCUCUCGUUUUUUAUGCCGGAAAACCUCUUAAAGGAGUCAAAACCAAUUGGAUUAUGCAUGAGUAUCGCUUAGCUAAUGUGGACAGAUCUGCUGGCAAAAGGAACAAUUCGAGGCUUGAUGAUUGGGUAUUGUGUCGACUGUACAACAAGAAAGGUACUAUUGAAAAGUAUUACACGGUUGAUCAGAAGACACUGCAGUUUUCAGAUAGCGAAGAACAAAAGCCGAAAAUAGGCACAUCCCCAUAUACGGGAUUAGUAAACCAGAUGGUGCCACUGGUUCAAGAAUCAGAAUCGAUGUCGUUACAAAAGAUGAGUGACUCUCUGCAUUUCGACGCAUUCGAGUUAAUACCUGAGUUGCACAAUGAUUCAAGUAGUUCGGAGCACGUGUUAUCACCGGAGUUCACGUGUGACAAGGAGGUCGUAAGUGAACUGAAAUGGAGCAAUUUCGAGAAUUCCCUCGAAUAUCAGCUUAAUCACACGGACAGCUUUCAAGAUCACGAUUUUGCUUCGCAAGUGCAGUACGACGACCAGCUCUCUCUGUUUCAAGACAUGAUAAUGUACAUGCAAGAGCCUUCUGAGUUCUGAUUGUGGGAUCAAAUUGCUUUGAUUUUGAUCUUGAGAUUAUAUUAUUAGGUAUAAUUAUAAGCCAUGUUAUUCAUUAUUUGCAAGGUGAAAUCCAAAACCUUUAUUCUCUUUUCCGCCUCCUAAUGAAAAGAAAGGAGGUCUGGCCAUUUAGAAAGCAAUGAGAUAUAUUCAGAACACCCAUUAAUUGAAACGAAUACUGGAUUUGAGCAAUGUUGUGAACACAACUCGCAGAAGUGAAAAAAAAA